AUGAGCUCCGAGGGCCCCGAAAUGUCGCCUGCUAUGCGAGAUGUUCUUGGCAAGGUGCGCCAGAUGGUGCCGCCUAUGCUGGAGAAGUUUCACAAAGGUCAAAUGGGCCGCAUAGCCGUCAUUGGCGGCAGUGUGGACUACACAGGAGCUCCCUAUUUCUCAGCCAUGGCCAGCGCGAGACUGGGCUGCGAUAUGUCCCAUGUAAUCUGCACACCCGCCGCCGCCGCCGUGAUCAAGACCUACUCACCGAAUCUGAUGGUGCACCCGCUCAUGCGCCAAUCCCCCGAGCGCCCAAUCCCUCCCACGUCCGGAAACGCCCCCUCGUCCGCCGACACCGACUCAGCUGAGAUAUCCAAGCGUAUCAUCGAGAUGCUGCCUCGUCUCCACGCGCUUGUCAUCGGUCCCGGCCUGGGCCGCGACCCGCUGAUGCAAGAAACGUGCGCGAAAGUACUCGUAGCAGCCCGCGAGCGCAAAAUGCCUGUCGUUCUCGACGCAGACGCCCUAGCCAUCGUGCUCAAAAGCCCCGAGCUCGUCAUGGGCUGGCGCGAGGUGGUGCUCACGCCGAAUGUGGUCGAGUUCGGCCGGCUGUGGAAGGGGAUAAAAAACCACGAGUCCGAAAAAGGCGACCGUUCCGAGACGGCGCAGGUCGAGGCCCUGUCUAAGGCCCUGGGCGGUGUGACGAUUGUGCAGAAGGGUGGUAAGGACUACAUUUCCAACGGGGACACGACGCUAGUCGUGGAGAAUAGGGGGGGACUGAAGCGCAGUGGCGGUCAGGGGGACACGUUGACGGGUAGUAUUGCCACGUUUUUGGGGUGGCGUAAUGCAUAUCUUGAGGAGCUAUGGGAUCAUGGGGGGCAGCUAGAUGAAAGUGAGACGAUUGGGCUCGCGGCAUUUGGAGGCGCGGCAAUUACGAGGGAGUGCUCAAGGAGGGCAUUUGAGAAGAAGGGGAGGAGUUUGCAGGCUAGUGAUUUGACCGAGGAGGUUCAUGGGGCUUUUAUACAUAUGUUUGGGGAUGAGGAGGUCGAUGCUAAGUUGUGA